AUAACUAUGGCCGCCGGGAACGCCAAUGUUGUCAGGGAGAAAGAUGCUUGACUAUAUUUCACUUUGUUGUGUCUUGUUGUAACAGGAAGAUUUGCUUCUUUGAUCGUUCGCUCAACAUAUUCAAACUUUUAGAGAGCAGGCAAAAGGCGAAAAGAUGAGUUCUGAAUCAGCUAUGCAUCAGAGGAACUUGGAGAGUUCUAUUCUCUUCAUGCAGCAAGAGCAUGCUUCUAUUCUUAAAGGUCUUCAUGAAGAAAUAGCUUUACUACAAAAAAGAUGUACAGACUUAACAUUCCAGCUGACGAUGAAUGGAUUAACUAUUGAUGAGCCAGGUACCAUCGACACUCAGAUGCAACAAGUACAGCAGGAGCUUGAAUCUUCCAGAACAAAAAUCCAGACCCUCGAAAAAGAACUUUCAGAACGAGAUAAACGUGUGGAGAGACUUGAAGCUGAGGCGAGGACUCAGAGGAAACGAUGGCUAGACGAGAGCAGGGCACAGUCUCAAACUAUGAACUCUCUCCGAGCAGAGCUGGAAGCGAAAGCAAACAACAUUGCAUAUCUCACAACAGAGCUCCACCGUCUGAAACAGAAAGGAAAAGCCGAGCAGGCAAAUGAUCCGAGCGACAACGGAAAAGGUACUGGGUACUCGGCAAAUGUACAAAUGGGACAUUCGAUGGGUCAGGGUGCAAUGUCUCAGCCAGGUUAUUUGCACCGAGACUCCACUCUCUCUGCUAAAAAUUCUCUUCACCCCCAUCACCACAUGCCCACCCCACCCUCAAAGGAGAAAACUCUCGACCCGGCUUCUGCCUCAUCUCGUAUUCGUAGAUCUGGCCACAACCGUUCUGUCUUGAGUGGGGGCGUGUCCGGGAAGUCUCUGGCCCCGUCUCAUCCGUCCAGUGCCGAUGCUUUGUUGGGCAGGCAGCACAACCCCCUUCGUAUGAGCUCCGGCCGAAGCAGUGGUUCAGAAUCUCCAGACAUCACGCCGUUUUUGCCUCCACCAAAGGAGGAAAUAGUGCAGGUCGUAGGGGUCAAGCAAGCACCCAUUCUCCCACCCAUUCCUGCCUCGUCCACAUCAGCUGUGAACGUGGGCAGCCUUUCCCACCCUGUAUUAGUCCACCAGGUAGUUUCUUCCACCUCACAACACCGGCAGAAGGCCAAGCCGUCCAAAACAGAGGCGUCAAUAGUCACCCUGGCUGUGGAGAAUGCUGCUGUUCCUGAAGCAGCCAGAACCGUAGCGCAUGAAUCUCGCAGUUCUGAGUUCAACUGAUAAAUGCUUGUUUCUAAACUUCUUGUGUUGUUUGUUGGGGGUUUUUUCUUUGCUUUUUUUUUAAACCUUCCUACUUUCUCUACUUUUUUAUUAUCAGCUUUGUAAAUGCCUCCUGAUUUUUGUCUGCAGUCUUUCUCAUGUGUUGCAUUUCUGUUGUUUUUCACAUCAUUUCUUGCUUAAAUACAAUAUUCUUCCCCCUUCCCCUCUUCUUAACUCUUUCUGUUUUUCAGUCUCUUUUUUCUUUCCAUUUUCCUGUUUCCUCUUUCUUUCUCUUCUGUCUCUCUUUUUCUCUCUUUCAAGUGAAUACUGUUGAUUUUGUUGAGUACGUUUGUGCUGAGUGUUUCACUGAAUCACCUUCUCUCCAUAGACAUGUGAUGUUUGAUUUUACAUCAUAGUAAGUUUGAGUUUUUCUUCCACCUACAAUUUUUGCAUUUGAAAGUGGAGAGGUUUUUAAUCUGUCCAGUGUUGUGAUAGCAAUUUAUCAACCGUCCUCACAUUUUUGCCUUUAUUUUUCACAAGUUUGUACAAAUGUAGCCUCAUAUUACAAGUUGAGAACCCACUUUAUUUUUCACUCAAAGGCCGCAUAUAUUUUAAAGAAUAAAUUUGUUCACCGGAGAAAUGUUCCUCUACUGCUGUUUUUUAUUAAAAGUUGUACACACAUGCUUUUUUUUCAUUCUUAUGUUUAACGUUUGUCUGAAAUUUUUUUUACACUUAUAUUUUUUAGAUUUUUUUUCUUUUUUGUGGGUGUAUGUGUACAGAUACUUUUUUCAAUGCUAUUCUUAGAAUUACACUUUGACUACGCAGUCCUGCAUAGGGAUGGCAAGAGUCAAGUGUUUAAGAAGACAAUAAUUUCAAUUUAAGUAAAUUUAAGUAAAAAAGAUUUCAGCAAAAUGUGAUUGUGGUUCCAUUUUUGUUGUUAUCUAUAGGUGUUAUAACUGCCGCAAUAAUCAUCGUAAAGUGCUUGACAGUUCACUCCUUCCUGCAAGUCACCACAAAGGAACAAUGAUUAAAAUCUAAGUCACUUUUACAGGGUACCGUAACUGUCAAUGGCUGCCUCUACUUUUACCUAAAUUGAUAAAUGUUCAAAACACUCUCCGCUUAAUAUUUAAGAUUAGAUAGAUCCCCAGUAUUGCAGUUCAUCUUAAGAUGAAAGUUGUCAAGUGUUCAUAUUUUGUGUACUAUGCAUGUGGUUAUCUGAUUUUCAACUUGAUCAAAGUUUCCUUCUAUUUUCUUCCUUCCAUUUUGAAGUGCUUUUCAUGAUUCACCAUCGCACAAAAUGUAUUGCACUCUCAGUUAUUUUAAAUAUACUUACGCUGUAAACCAGUGUUCUUUACAAUGCUUUUUCUCUUGGUCUCUUUGUAGUUUCAGUCCAGCCAUCAUAUUUGGCCUUUAUUCAUUGCUUCUUUGAGAGCAAUGUGUAUUGAUCCAAUUUAUUAUCCCACAUAUUGUAAUGGAAGACCGUUCUCUACUUCAAAAUUACAAAGUUCUUUAUUCUCAGUACCUAGUUUUGACACAUUUGAUGUCAAAGUCAAAGAUUUUGAGCUUCACAUCAUGUGAAGCUUUUUUGAAUGCAGUUCAUUGAAUAUUUUGAUAAUAACCCAAAAUACUCUUACGAUUUUGACAGAGCAGAUAGAACUUUUGGGGUUUUUACCUCAUGGUCUUAGUAACUUCAAACAGCCAAAAAUGCCUGGUAAAACUUUGUAAUUCUGCGGUAGCGAGUUGUCUUUGUUGGGUUUUGUUUUCAGCAAGUCAGCUUGAUAACAUGAAUGUAGGGCUAAAUCUGUUCAUCAUCCAAACGAAACCUGUGCAUAUAUCUAUAUUUGUACUGCCUUUUUCGCAUAUGUAUCAUAAAGAAAUAAAAUGAAAUAGGGCUGUAGUACCAAACUGAGGAAAAGUUAGUACAUUUUAUAAUAUUGCACUAGAAGAAUCUGCUGCUCUAUUGUAUCCUAGUGGCUUUGAUUUUAGCUUCAUUUGCAACAUUGCUGCAGCAGUCUGGUGGUUUCUGUGGCUUUUCUUAGAUCAAUGCUUUCAGGUUCAGUAGAAUUUUGUAUGCUUGCCAUGCUUUCCAGUAUUGAUCCUUUACUGUCAAUAGAGCCAUGUUACCUUGUUUCUCACUGUUCUUUAUAUUGUCGUACUGGAAUUUAAAAUAUUUUUCAGUCUCAAAACUUAUGAUGUGUGGUGUAAACUAAAUUGCCACUUCUGUAACUACCAUACAAACGGUUUGACCUCUCUGUUGCCUUAUGACUACGACUAUAUGGGAGCUUAGCUGAAAUAUAUGGGAGCUUAGCUGAAAUUCCGCACUGACAGUAGGAACAUACACCUCCUGGCAACAAAAGCUUUAAGAUUCUGAGUAUGAACACUAGAAUUUAGUUCUAUUGAAGAAAUUAGAAAACAUUUUCAUUUUUUUGUUUGGGUGAAAAAUUGGUAAUGGAACAAACAUAUUUACCACUGUCUCACAAUCGCAGUAUUUUUAACCAAAUUAUCUGCACUGUCUAUUAGUUUUGACUCUCUGUAUGUGAAUGUCCAGAAUGUCAUUAUUUUAUAUCCUAAUGAAAAUUAAUAUGACUUUCUGGGAAGUCUGUAAAUCAAAUAAUCUCCACGCCUUUCCGUCCUGGCCCUCUGCACACUGCACAGUAGGCCAUUUGAUGAUUGGAUUUCAUUUAGUGCCAACCAACUUGGGUUGGGGUUUUUUCACUGUUAUACUGUAAAUUUGAUUCAACUGAAUUUAUUAAGUAGAUGUCUCUUUUCGUCCUUAUACUCAAGAAUGUGAACAGGUAUUCAUAACCAGCGUCUGUGGUUAAGCUUUUCUCUGUUACAUGUAGAAGAUGCGAGUUCGCGGGGAUGUUGUAUCCAUCUCAGCCCAGGUGUAUGUAGGACAUGACCACCUUCUAAACAGCUUAAAUCAGGUCAAUAGGAGAAUGAAAUAUAUUAUGGUGAAAAAAAAGUACCGUAUUAGAAUAGAUAUCUCUUUUUUUAAUAUGUUUCAGUUUCAUGUAGAAUGUGUACAACAAGCAUCCAUAUUCACAGCUUUCAUUCCAAGAUAUUUAUGUAUAGUUGGGCUGUUGAUACAAAACAUCGUGAGAUGUGUUUUGUUGUCUCUUGCUGAUUGAAUUGAGGUAGCAAUAGAAACUUUGUGGCGGAAAUUAAACUGUGAUGUUGUCUGGAAUGUGGUGGGCACCAGCAGUUAGAAGUUGUGAUACCGAAUUAAAAUUUGAGGCAAUC